AUCUAAGUUGCCAAUCUUGUACGACAAGAUAUAAAAUUUAUGGAUCUUGUUCCUCAAAAUGACUCUUAAAAUCCGAAAAACUUGUUAAUUAUACAAAUUGUGAGCAAAUAAACCAUCCAGAAACCUGAAAAAAACUCAAUACAAAAUUAUGUUUGUAGUAAAAAAAUUCCUUUUUUUCUUCGAGCUUGAGGUCGGCGCCUUUGCAAUUGGAAUGUUUGGAUUUACAACAAGCUUCCUGCUCGAACUAUUCAUUGUCAUGCUGCUGUACCAAACUGACUGUUUAGGACUUUUUAAGCUUUAUACCUGUGCAACUAUUGUGGCUUACUACAUGUUUGCGUCUUUUAUGCUUGUAAAGGAGAUUUUUUGUGAUAAAACGCACAGCAUCGUCAAGCAUUUUCUAGUCAUCGACAUCAUUGCAACAUGCACCGUCAUCUCAGGAAACAUAAAAUUUUACGAAUUUUACCCAAACUGGUUGCCCUUCUUCAUAGUCGAUACCCUAAUUCGCCUGUAUUCAGACUUUUGUAUGUUUUCUCUCCUAGUAAAAUAUAAAAAUAACUGCAGCAAUGAGAAACAACAACAAUCAACAGUGAUAGACAAGUCGGCGUCUACACUCACUGCGACAAAAUCGUCAUCAACAUCUUCGUCAGCGACACGAUCAUCAUCAUCGACGGCUGCUGAGGGUCUGAUGAAAAUAUUUGAUAACUUUUGUGGAUUCUUCCCUUUAGAGAUGAGCGGAUUCAUUUAUUGUGGAUUUAAUUUUGUAUUCAGCGUAGUUGUGAUUGUUUUAUUGCUGAUUUUUGGAAAGCUGAGUGAGGAAAAAGUCGUAAUUUACGCUAUAAUUUUUACGAUCAAUGCUGUGAUGCUUUUAGCACUUAUUGCUGGAAUUAAGAUGCGCAAAUCAUCAAUAUUCAUCCCAAUUCUCAUUUUUACAUUCAUCGAAAUCUUUACCGCAACCUAUCUUCUCGUCUCAUCAAUGAUCGUCAUAAUUCAAGGUGAAGAUUACGAAGUGAGAAUGAAGAGAUUCAUUGAGAAAAUAAAUAUUCCCGAAACAGCUGGCAUUGGAAUCUGGAUUUAUUUUUAUUUAUGUAUUUGUUCAUUGUAUGAUGUGAUUAAGUGUGAGGAGAAAGAGAGGAGGUUGUUGGUGGCAAAAGAGAGCAUCACUUAUGGAUCUGUGAGUGAUGUUAAGGGAUCGUCGAGCUUGUAGACUUGAUAGAAUGUGAAUUAUAGAGGUGAAUUGUGAAUUUAAAUUAAAUUCAUACAUUUUUGAGGUUAGAUUUUGACAACUUUAAGGUUAAAAUGCUG